AUGGUGAACGCCGCUGGAGGCAUCGUCAUCGCCAUCCUGGUGCUACUGCUUGUCGCUGGAGUCGGUUGGGUCAUCUUCACUCAGCUGCGCGCCCGCAGACUGGGCCUCCCGCCGCCCUCGCUUUCCUCGUACAUACCAUUCCGAAAAUCCGAACCACCAGCGUACGGACCCCCGCGCCCUGCGCCCAGCGGCAUCGUCGGCUGGUUCAACGACAAGAUCACCGGCUUCAAGAACCGCAACAACCGAUCCGCCGCUGGCGCCUACGAGCAGCCCUCGGCCGGUGCACCCCGUCGAGGUUUCGGACCCCUCGACCCCGAUGAGGCUUGGGAUACGCGCGUCGGCCACGAGGCGGAGACCUACGGACCCUACGGCAAUUAUGAAGAGCAGGAGCUCGGCUACCGGGGCGGCGCUGGCGGAGGCGACAGCUACAACAUGAACAUGGCCGCUACCCCCAACGUUCACGAUGAGCCCGCGAGGGGUCGCAGCCUCAGCCGGCCCGGUGACGACCUCGCCGUACCCAAGGGAGGCAGGAAUCCUUUCGACGACGACGCGGAGCCAAGCAACAUCAGCCUCCGCGGCGUAAGCCCGCGGCCAAUGGUUGAUACUGCGCCGCAGCAACAGCCCAAGGAGAACGGCGAGAGCCCAACAGAACGGAGGUCCAUUUUCAGAGAGAACGUAUAA